GCAGAUUUGUGUGUUUGUUUCAUUCUUUUCGGGGGAUAAUUAAAAAUGUUUUUGUUUUAAAACAUACAAUGCAACAAACCAACGACGUCUCCACAUUUGGAUUAAACAACAGUUCUGUUUCAAACUCGUUUGUUGAAACUUUUAACUUGCAAACACAAGAAGCAUCUAAUAGUUUUAAGGAUUCGGAGAAAGAAAGAAACAAAUGCCCGCAUUGCCCUUUUACAACGGCAUGGAAAAGCAGUUUGUCUGUUCAUAUCAAAACCCACACUAAUGAGCGACCAUGGAAAUGCGCUUUGUGUAACAAACACUUCAAGUUAAAACAUCAUUUGAAAUGCCAUCUUUUAACACAUUCCAACAAACAAGCAAAGUGUAAUUUAUGCAGUUUUAGAUGCUCAGACAGUCGGAUGCUACAACGUCACAAACUGCUGAGUCAUAAAGUUGGAUUCAAGAAACGAAUGACACCGAGGCCGACUUUAACCAUGCCGAUGACCAAGGAGUUUGCAGCAACAGCAGAUAACACAUUUAAUUCAUUCUUUGGACAUUCUAACGAUCAAGCAGCGACAUUAGGUCAACCUGCCAAUGUACUCGAUACACCUGGGUUUGGGUACAAAGUGCCCGCUAUACCAACCCAGAACGAAUCCUUUCAGCCGCCUGAAAUAAGAAAAUCUCCGAAUCGUGUCUUGUGGCAACGUAGCGUUCCAACCCAUCAGUUCAACCAACAACCAAACGCGAUCUCAUCAUCUAACUUGCACCAACGAUGGCCCAUAAUAACCACAUGCGCGUCAACGCAGGAUUGUUUACCACCUGAGAAGGCGAUGUAUCGUCGCAAGUCGUCCGACCUCGCAUCUGUCUCAUCAACCGACAGCACGCCAAUCUUGGUAAAACAAGAGCGCCCACACGUGGUUGAAAGUUCAUCGGAACCCACUCCAACGUGCUUUGCUUUUCCAUCCCAAUCAUCCGACCUUCAACAAAUCGUUUCUGCUGACGAAUCUAAUACUUCAGAUUGCCGAAUCGUUUCGCCGCAGUCAGCCACCCCAUCCGACGCAAAUAAUGAAGUUGUUUCAAAAAGAUCUCGUUCAUUGAGUGCUCGAUCAAUCGCAAGCGUGAACAUUGAGGAGCCAUUGGUGCUUGAAGAUGAAACUAAAGUUGAAAGCAAAUGGGAAUGUUCACAUUGUGGAAUAAUAUUUCCCGAUAAUAUAAUGUACGGCUUACACAUGGCUUGCCAUUCUGUGGGCCACGCUUACAAAUGCAAUGUUUGUGGUUUAAUUUGCCGCGACAGACAUGAUUUUUCUUUCCAUUUUUCCCUUGGCCAGCAUAAAGUUGACUUGAAAAAAUAACAUGUGAAUUAAAACAGAAUUUGGAUUAUUGCACAAUUUCAAUUUAAUCAAAUGAUAUUUUUUUAUGGGCACGUAUUUUUAUUUCUAUCAUAUACCAACCAUGUACAUGCAUAAUUAUGUUCUUGUGCGUCAUCAAUGAAAACAAAUCUUGUUUUAUCGAUGAUCAGUAUUAUUACAAUGUUCACUGCUGUUGCAACGCUGCCAAUCAGCAGCUUCAAUAAAACGUACUUUUGCUAAUAUUGCUCCAUGCAUACAUAGUGGUGGUUACAAUGUGUUUGUUCCUUGAACAACUCAUUGGUUAUAGAGCGAAUGCUUUGUUACGUGAACUUAAAUGUAUUGCUAUUGGGAAACUGUUUCAUUUGAUAAAGUCACUGGGAGUUGACCAUUAUAAACAUCGGGUUAUCG